UAAAAGUCACUCUAACUUUUACAAAUUUCACAUAAAAAUCUAUAUGAAAAAUCCGAGACUAAAUUCAGUCCAUGAAUUUCUUUGUUGUGCCACUGAAAAUUUAUGGAGUCUACAUUUCAAGGGCAGAAUUUCUUCUCUACCAAUACCUGUAGAUUUUUAAAGACAAAGACAGAGGAUCCCACCACUUUGUGUAACUUUCUCGGCAUCUUCUUUCCACUCGACUAUGACAAAGUUUUAUAAAAUGGACUCUUGGGAGUUUGAUUUCUCCCCACUGUGAAUGGUUUGCUUAUUGCAUGCUAAUGUAGAGAAGUUCUCCCACAACUGGUCUGCUUAGGGAGAGUGCCCCUGGUCCCCUGGGUCAGCCUUUGUAAACAGAACAGACUUCCCUAUGCCUUUGAAUAUGGUCUUUCCGUUUUCUCAAAAUUGUAGUGUAAUCUGCACAUGGUGGGUAGAAACACCAUGCCAGAUUUUCUUCCUUAGCCCAAGAUCAUCUAGGUCUUGUGCAAUUCACAGGGGAAAGGAGUAGUAUGCAGGACAUGCGUAAAUUCUCCUUACCAUGUGGUUCUUUCACAUUGCUGUUCCUUUAAGAUAACUCUUAGGCAAUUCUGCAUAUGAAAAUGCAGCCUAUUGUCAAAUUUGUGAAUUAUAAAGCGUUCCGAUCCCACAACAUUGUAUAUUUUGUUUGCUUGUUUCUGUCUGCCCCAACAUUGAGAAGUCUGGUACUUAGACUGGGCUGGGUAGAAAAAGGAUGCCGUCUUAAUAGAAAUGCGGGUAUUCCCACAACCCUGCCUCCUUCAAGUAGGUGAAUCCUAAACCUUUAGAAACGAACCCCCAGAAACCCUAAACCUUAAACCCUCAGAAACAUUGAGGGUCCUAAAUAACCUUGUUUGUGAAACUUCGCAGGAAGCAGCUUGUCCUGUAGACGCAGAAGCUCCAGCGGUCGGGGCAACCUGGAGGGCAGUGGCUCAGUGGGCUGCACCGGGUUCCCGCGGGGCAGGUGCGCGUCCGUGCGCGCCUGCGCGCCGGUCCCUCCUAAGCCCCGCAGCGGGCGCGACCCCGGGCGGCGGGCUGCAGGCGCUCCAUGCCGGGUUUUCCGCCGCUCUCCUAGCUCAGACAGUCCCACAGCAGCCCCACAGACACACACGCUCGCGCCGCGCCUCCUCGGCUGCACUUCAAAGCGAGUGGCGCCCGGCUGCUCCGGGGGAUGGCACUGCGAGGUGGCGGGGCCCCCGGGACAGAGCCCGAGGGGAAGGACACGGCGGGUGGCAUGGACAGGCUUUUGCAAUUCGGAAUCUUUUCGUAAGGGGGUUGAGGAGGAGCCAGGCAGCGCUGAGGGCCGAGAGGGGCGUGAGGGGGAGUGUUCCCGGAAAGCUGCGGCGUUGGAGCCGCGCUGCGCCUGCCGCCCGAGGAGUUGAGAAAGAAAACAGGAAACGUGGUGGCCGCGCACCCGGCCGCGGCUGAUUCAUUCGCUUCAAGUGCAGUGCAGAAGGCUCGGCAGGCGGGGCGGGCGUGGGGCCGCGGCUCCGGGCCGGGGACCUAGGAGAUCUGGCUGUGGACCAGACGCUCCUCUGCGGGGCGGACACUUUAGCGCGCGCGCCAUCCCCUCGCCAUCCCCUAGAGUCGGGCUCCUGGACUGGGACUUGGGCCCGCCGCACAGUUGAAAAGUCGCAUAGUGGUUUUUACGCCCGCAUCGCCGUGUGAAAGUUGGCUCGCCGCUUUUUGCACGCCCUCCUCGGAGGCCGACCUGACACGCCAAGCUGGAGAGACCCUGCCUCCCCGAGGCCAGCCGCCCCGCGAGCAGAGCCUCCGCCCCCGUUGCACUGCCGGGCUGGGCAAUAUGAAGGAGCAGCCCUCAUGUGCCGGCACCGGGCAUCCGAGCAUGGCGGGAGGAGGCCUACCAGAAACUGGCCAGCGAGACCCUGGAGGAGCUGGACUGGUGUCUGGACCAGUUAGAGACCCUACAGACCAGGCACUCCGUCAGUGAGAUGGCCUCCAACAAGUUUAAAAGGAUGCUUAAUCGGGAGCUCACCCAUCUCUCUGAAAUGAGUCGGUCUGGAAAUCAAGUGUCAGAGUUUAUAUCAAACACAUUCUUAGAUAAGCAACAUGAAGUGGAAAUUCCUUCUCCAACUCAGAAGGAAAAGGAGAAAAAGAAAAGACCAAUGUCUCAGAUCAGUGGAGUCAAGAAAUUGAUGCACAGCUCUAGUCUGACUAAUUCAAGUAUUCCAAGGUUUGGAGUUAAAACUGAACAAGAAGAUGUCCUUGCCAAGGAACUAGAAGAUGUGAACAAAUGGGGUCUUCAUGUUUUCAGAAUAGCAGAGUUGUCUGGUAACCGGCCCUUGACUGUUAUCAUGCACACCAUUUUUCAGGAACGGGAUUUAUUAAAAACAUUUAAAAUUCCAGUAGAUACUUUCAUUACAUAUCUUAUGACUCUCGAAGACCAUUACCAUGCUGAUGUGGCCUAUCACAACAAUAUCCAUGCUGCAGAUGUUGUCCAGUCUACUCAUGUGCUAUUAUCUACACCUGCUUUGGAGGCCGUGUUUACAGAUUUGGAGAUUCUUGCAGCAAUUUUUGCCAGUGCAAUACAUGAUGUAGAUCAUCCUGGUGUGUCCAAUCAAUUUCUGAUCAAUACAAAUUCUGAACUUGCCUUGAUGUACAACGAUUCCUCGGUCUUAGAGAACCAUCAUUUGGCUGUGGGCUUUAAAUUGCUUCAGGAAGAAAACUGUGACAUUUUCCAGAAUUUGACCAAAAAACAAAGACAAUCUUUAAGGAAAAUGGUCAUUGACAUUGUACUUGCAACAGAUAUGUCAAAACACAUGAAUCUACUAGCUGAUUUGAAGACUAUGGUUGAAACUAAGAAAGUGACAAGCUCUGGAGUUCUUCUUCUUGAUAAUUAUUCUGAUAGGAUUCAGGUUCUUCAGAAUAUGGUGCAUUGUGCAGAUCUGAGCAACCCGACAAAGCCUCUCCAACUGUACCGCCAGUGGACGGACCGGAUAAUGGAGGAGUUCUUCCGCCAAGGAGACCGAGAGAGGGAACGUGGCAUGGAGAUAAGCCCCAUGUGUGACAAGCACAAUGCUUCCGUGGAAAAAUCACAGGUCGGCUUCAUAGACUAUAUUGCUCAUCCCCUCUGGGAGACAUGGGCAGACCUCGUCCACCCUGACGCCCAGGACAUUUUGGACACUUUGGAGGACAAUCGUGAAUGGUACCAGAGCACAAUCCCUCAAAGCCCCUCUCCUGCACCUGAUGACCCAGAAGAGGGCCGGCAGGGUCAAACUGAGAAAUUCCAGUUUGAACUAACUUUAGAGGAAGAUGGUGAGUCAGACACAGAAAAGGACAGUGGCAGUCAAGUGGAAGAAGACACUAGUUGCAGUGACUCCAAGACUCUUUGUACUCAAGACUCAGAGUCUACUGAAAUUCCCCUCGAUGAACAGGUUGAAGAGGAGGCAGUAGGGGAAGAAGAGGAAAGCCAGCCUGAAGCCUGUGUCAUAGAUGAUCGUUCUCCUGACACGUAACAGUGCAAAAACUUUCAUGCCUUUUUUUUUUUUUAGCAGAAAAAUUGUUUCCAAAGUGCAUGUCACAUGCCACAACCACGGUCACACCUCACUGUCAUCUGCCAGGACGUUUAUUGAACAAAACUGACCUUGACUACUCAGUCCGGCGCUCAGGAAUAUCGUAACCAGUUUUUUCACCUCCAUGUCAUCAGAGCAAGGUGGACAUCUUCACGAACAGCGUUUUUAACAAGAUUUCAGCUUGGUAGAGCUGACAAGGCAGAUAAAAUCUACUCCAAAUUGUUUUCAAGAGAGUGUGGCUCAUCAGGCGGCCCAAAAGUUGAUUGGACUUGGGGUUUCUAUUCUUUUUAUUUGUUUGCAAUAUUUUCAGAAGAAAGGCAUUGCACAGAGUAAACUUAAUGGACGAAGCAACAAAUAUGUCAAGAACAGGACAUAGCACGUAUCUGUUACCAGUAGGAGGAGGAUGAGCCACAGAAAUUGCAUAAUUUUCUAAUUUCAAGUCUUCCUGAUACAUGACUGAAUAGUGUGGUUCAGUGAGCUGCACUGACCUCUACAUUUUGUAUGAUAUGUAAAACAGAUUUUUUGUAGAGCUUACUUUUAUUAUUAAAUGUAUUGAGGUAUUAUAUUUAAAAAACUAUGUUCAGAACUUCAUCUGCCACUGGUUAUUUUUUUUCUAAAGAGUAACUUGCAAGUUUUCAGUACAAAUCUGUGCUACACUGGAUAAAAAUCUAAUUUACAAAUUUUACUUGCACCUUAUAGUUCAUAGCAAUUAACUGAUUUUUAGUGAUUCAUUGUUUUAUAUACCAAUGACUUCCAUAUUUUAAAACAGAAAAACAACUUUAUGUUGCAGGAAACCCUUUUUGUAAGUAAGUCUUUAUUAUUUACUUUGCAUUUUGUUUCACUCUUUCCAGAUAAGAGUUGCUCUUCACCAGUGUUUUUCUUCAGUGUGCAAAGUGACUAAUUGUUCUAUAAUACUUUAAUGUGUGUUAUAUCAAAUAUGUCUUAAGCUUCAUGCAAAUUCAGUCAUCAGUUGGUGUUGUCUGAAGCAAGUGGGAGAUAUAUAAAUACCCAGUAGCUAAACUGGUCAGUCUUUUUGAGAUGUUUUCCUACUUAGUAUCUCCUAAUAACGUUUUGCUGUGUCAAUAGACAUGCAUUUCACAAGUGCAUAUCUUUCUAAUAAUCUGCACAUUUCAUGCUCAUUUUUAUUGUUUUUACAGCCAGUUAGAGUAAGAAAAAGGUUUUUCCCCUCGUGCUGCUUUAUAAUUUAGUGUGUGUUUGAACCUCUGCCCAUGUUUGCUAGAUGAGGUCUUGUCAAAUAUAUCACUACCAUUGUCACCAGUGAAAAGAAACAGGUAGUCAAGUUAGGGUUAACAUUCAUUUCAACUAUGAGGUUGUAUAUCAUGACUAGAUUUUACUCUUGGUUUACAGAGAAAAGUUAAACAGCUCACUAGGCAGUUUUUAAGAAUAUUAACAACAUAUUAACAAACACCAGUACAACAACUAAUCCUCUUUGGUUUUAAUGAUUUCACUAUGGGAUUAAGAGCUAUAUCAGGAACAUACCUGAGAAAUGGUUUUAAGUAUAGCAACUACUCUUCCUUAAUGGACAACCACAUAACAUGCAGGAAUUGCUUUAUCACUUAUCCUCGAUCCAUAAGUAUAUCUUGCAGAGGGGAACUACUUCUUGAAACACAUGGAGGGAAAGAAGAUGAUGCCACUGGCACCAGAGGGUUAGUACUGUGAUGCAUCCUAAAAUAUUAGAUUGGUAAAAAUUCUGCUUAAAUAAAAAAUUAGAGAUUACUCUUGGCUGAUUUCAGCACCAGGAACUGUAUUACAGUUUUAGAGAUUAAUUCCCAGUGUUUACCUGAUUAUAGCAGUUGGCAUCAUGGGGCAUUUAAUUCUGACUUUAUUCCUAUGUCAGUCUUUGUAAUAAAGUCUUUACCUUCUCUAUGAAGACUUUAAAGUCCAAAUAAUCGUUUUUCACGUUGAUAUUCAAGAAUUGAGAUAGAGGCCAAAGUGGGUAUCUGGCAAGUGGAAAAUCAAACAUUUAAGAAGAAUUACAACCCUGAAAAGCAUUUAUAUUUAGAACUUCUCAAGGAGCCUUCCAGGGACUAGAAACUAAGUCAUCAGCCAGGGAAAUGACUCAAGCUGAAGACAGGCCCCAUUUCAGUCCCCUGAGAUCUGGCUGAUGCUUAGAUCCUUUGAAAUAAAAAUUAUGUCUUUAUUACUCUGAUCUUUUACAUAAGGCAGAAUAGGAAUCAACUAGUUAAUUGCAAGAUUUCUACUCUCUUUCCUCUGUAAAGAACAGAUGGUAAUAUUUCAAAUAAAGACAUAUAUUUGACCAAGUAGUUUCACAAGAACAUUUGGGAACUUGUUUCCUUUUAAUUUUAUUUGUCCCCGAGUGAGGUCUAGAAAGAAAGGCAAAGAGUCUAGAAUUUAUUCUUCUUUCCAAAACAUUCUCAUUCCUGUCCUCCCUACACUUAGUAUUUCCCCCACAGAGUGCCUAGAAUUUUAAUAAUGAAUAAAAGAAAAAGCAGCAAUAUGUCACUUAACAAAUCCAGAACUGAAAGGGUAAAGGGUUUAUAACUGCACUAAUAAAGAGAGGCUCUUUUUUCUUUUUUUUUUUUUUUCCAGUUUGUUGUUUUUUAAUGGUACCAUGUUAUAAAGAUACCCACUAACAGACAAUCAAAUUGCAGAAAAGGCUCAAUAUCCAAGAGACAGGGACUAAUGCACUGUACAAUCUGUUUACCCUUGCCCUUCUCUCUCGCCAAAGUGUGCUUCAGAAAUACACACUGCUUUAAAAAAGAAUAUCCUUUUACAAGUGGCUUUACAUUUCCUAAAAUGCCAUAAGAAAAUGCAAUAUCUGGGUACUGUAUGGGGAAAAAUAUGUCCAAGUUUGUGUAAAACCAGUGCAUUUCAGCUUGCAAGUUACUGAACACAAUAAUGCUGUUUUAAUUUUGUCUUCUUUUAUAUCAGUUAAAAUUCACAAUAAUGUAGAUAGAACAAAUUAUAGACAAGGAAAGAAAAAACUUGAAUGAAAUGGAUUUUACAGAAAGCUUUAUGAUAAUUUUUGAAUGCAUUAUUUAUUUUUUGUGCCAUGCAUUUUUUUCUCACCAAAUGACCUUACCUGUAAUACAGUCUUGUUUGUCUGUUUACAACCAUGUAUUUAUUGCAAUGUACAUACUGUAAUGUUAAUUGUAAAUUAUCAGUUCUUAUUAAAACAUCAUCCCAUGAUGGGAUGGUGUUGAUAUAUUUGGAAACUCUUGGUGAGAGAAUGAAUGGUGUGUAUACAUACUCUGUACAUUUUUCUUUUCUCCUGUAGUAUAGUCUUGUCACCUUAGAGCUUGUUUAUGGAAGAUUCAAGAAAACUAUAAAGUACUUAAAGAUAUAUAAAUUUUAAAAACCAUAGCUGCAGGUCUUUGGUCCCAGGGCUGUGCCUUAACUUUAAUCAAUAUUUUCUUCUGUUUUGCUGCAUUUGAAAGGUAACAGUGGAGCUAGGGCUGGGCAUUUUAUAUCCAGGCUUUUAAUUGAUUAAAUUCUGCCAAUAGGUAGAUUUUACAAAACCACAGACAACCUCUGAAAGAUUCUGAGACCCUUUUGAGACAAACUCUUAAGUACUUCUUGCCAAGGAGCAGCACUGCAUGUGUGAUGAUUGUUUGCCAUCUGUUGAUCAGGAGCUACUUCAGCUACUUGUAUUUGAUUAUUUCCUUUUUUUUUUUAAACUCGGAAACACAACUGGGGAAAUACAUUCUUUCCCAGUGAUUAUAAACAAUCUUUUUUUAAAAAGUCUUUUUAGCUUCUAGAGCUCAUAGGAAAAUGAACUUGAUUUGAAAUUGGAGCCGGAGUUUAUUCAUGUUGGUUAUCUAUUCAUCAGCUUCCUGUCAUGUUAAGAGAAUAUAUUAAAGAGAAAAUAUCAUUUUUUAAUCCUAAAAUUUUUCUUCCACUAAGAUAAACCAAAUGUCCUUACAUACAUGUAAACCCAUCUAUUUAAACACAAAGUUGUGUCUGAUGUCAGUUUACAUAGCAGAAAGCAUUCACCAUCCUCUAAGGUUUGUUUCUGCAAAACUUUCAGUGCUUUAGAAUUUUAAAAUUUAACCUUGUACAAUGGCCAGCCCCUAAAGCAGGAAACAUUUAUAAUGGAUAAUAUGGAAAUAUCCUCCCACUACUUGCCCAGCCCUUGAAUCACGUGGCUUUUCAGUGAAAGGAAAGAUUCUUUUUCUGGGAAAAAUGAGCCUCUUAUUUUAUUUUAUUUUAUUUUAUUUUUUGACACAAACUGUAGAUUUUAGCAGCCCUGGCCCAAAGGAAUUUGAUUACUUUUGUUUUAAACAGUACAAAGGGGACACUAUAAUUACAAAAACAUCCUUAACUGAUUUGAGUUGUUUUUAUUUCUUUGGAUAUGUUUUCAGAGUGGUAAAUUGUGUGUGAGAAUUACAAAUGAUUCUUUUAGUGGUUUCUUAGCCUCUCUUACAGCCCACGGGGAUAGUACUGUACAUCAAUACCUUCAUAUGAAAUUUUUAUAUGCAAUGAAAAUAAAAGCAUGGGUUGAUUCUGCCUAUUUAUGACUCAAUAUUUUACAAAUAAAAGAUUAUUCAUUUUAUAGUUCAAUCAGCACGUUUCUUAGGAUACUGAACGUGGUUAAAAUGAAAGGAGAAUAGUGACAUCGUAAGUUAGUACUGAUAUUCAUAACCAAAUGAAGCCAACUUAUUUUGCUACAUUAAAAUUACCAAAAUUACUUAGAUGGCCUAUAAAAUUAAGCACGGUAUUUUCUAAGCAAGCUUUGGAAAGGGCCUUCCAUACUUAAUUGAAUAUUCUGGGAUACUGAAAAUUAUUCAGACACUUGACAAUUAUUUGUCGGUUACCUACUCUGCAAACUACAAAGUUUUCAGGACUCAACAAUAAGUUAAUGAGACACUGUAUUUGCUUUCAUGGAGCUUACAGUCUGGAGGGGACAAAGGCAUUAAACAAUUCAAUACUCAUAUAAUUAUAUACAUGAUCAGUAAAAUGAAGGAGCUCAGUGGGGUGAAUAAGCAGGAACCUGAACUUGAUCUAUUCCGGAGGGCCAGGGAAGGCUUCCUUGAGGCCUUGAGAAAGUGAUUUGCAUCUGAGUUCUGAAGGAUUUUAAGAGGUAACUACGGGAAAAGUUGAUAGGAAGAGGAAGGGCAUCCAGACAGGAAACAUUUGCAAAGAUCUUGAGGCAUAAAUGAGCCUGAGACAUCCGGAGAAAUUGAGGAAAAGUGAGAGAGUAGGUAGGGCCUGGAGCCGCAGAGCCAUUGCUAACCAUCCUGUGUGAGAGCUCCCCCAUUCUGUAGCUUUAUUCUCAUAACCCUGCUCCAUUUUCUUUAUAACACUUCUCACAGAUUUAUAUAUGCAGCUGUUUUUGUUGUCUGUCUCUCCCACCAGACCACAGCUCUGUGAGAGCAAGGUCUUUGCUUACCAAUGUAUCACUAGCACUUAAAACUAUGCCUGGUUCACAGUAGGUUCUUAGUAUGUGUUGAAUAUAGCCACCAAAUUGAUACUGGAUAUAAUUCAAUCUGAUAAGAUAUUUUGAGAUAUUAAAGAGUUUUUAACUUGA